UAAAUAAAAUUCGUAUCGAGCUGUUCUUGUCUUCGUUUCUUUUUGAUCGCGGUUCGCUGAGUUCCGUUAUGCGAGUUUAACGGAUUUUGCUCUGUUCUACAUAGCCUCGGUUCGACGAUGCGUUAGAGUGAGACAAAUGCUUGUCCUGUGGUGAGUUCGGACCAGCAUGUAUCAAGCGAGAUGGAGCGAUGUUGAAAUGUACACGAGGCACUUAUGUUUGAAAACUCUGAGAAAGCAGACGCGUGAAUAUGUCGCAACCGAGGAAGUGUACGACUCGCGGGCGGAACGCGGCAACAGAGGACCCCGAAACAGUUAACUUCCCGACAUCAGAAGUGGGAUCGCCUCAGCCCCAAGCCAUCACUGAUGAUCGCCUGUCCACAAUUUUGGAAAUGCAGCAUCGUAAUCUAUUGGAAAUUGUGAAUGCCGUGAGGGGCUCGCAGACUACACAAGUAGUUGUACUACCCAAGUUCAACCCUGAGUCCGCCGGUUCAAGUGCAGCCACUUGGUGCUCUACAGUGGACCUUAUUGUAGGAGAAAAUCCUCUGGAUGGCAGUGCUUUGCUCAUGGCCUUAACCAAAUCAUUGGAGGGCAGUGCUUCUAAUUGGCUGUCACAAAUUUGUUUCGCCGGAAUGACUUGGAGCCAAUUCCAAGAAAUGUUCCUUCAGCAGUAUGAAGGCAAUGAGACGCCAGCAGCAACAGUCUUUAAUGUAUUAAACGGGCGGCCAAACGACGGCGAAUGUCUUGCGCUGUAUGGUAGCCGAUUAAUAACAACACUUAUGGCAAAAUGGAAGUCUAUGACCGCAGAAGAAAUUGCAGUGUCUGUUGCCCUGGCACAUGCUGCAAAUAUAGAUGGUAGGCUGCAACGCACUGUGUUCACAACUACUGUCAAAACACGCAACGAGUUGCAGAACGAGCUAAGAGCGUUUUCGUAUGGCAAGAGGAAGGACCAUCCCGUUCCAGAAAAUUCUACCAGCAAAAGAGCUCGCCUACACCCAAAUGUUAAGUGCCACUUUUGUGGAAAAAUUGGCCACAAGAUAGCUGACUGCCGCUCCGUGAAAAACAACUUAAAGAAUCAACAAGGAUCUAGUUCGAGUAUUGGGCGCUUAUCUGACUCUAAACCUGGGUCAAUUACUUGCUAUAGAUGUGGAAACCAGGGGCAUAUAGCGUCAGCUUGCCCUGCAAGACAAUCGUUGUCAAACCAAACUAAAGCCGACGAGAAGCGUGUCAACGUGUGUCACGUAGUCGAGCCAAUUGGGACAUUGAUAUCAUCGGAUUAAGCUUGUUUAAUUUUGAAACUUAUAUUACACACGAGGACGUGUGCUGGUCAGGAAGGCCGUGUCGCAUCAUUAUUAGUCUUAUUUUUAUUUUCUAUGU